UGCUUUCUUAACUGCUGUUUUCUCACGGCUGUCAUUUAGUUGUGUGUUUAUAUUGCUAUUGAGAUUAAAGCACGCAGCACAUCUUAACACUGCUCUUAACAAAUGUGGUCAGUGUUGCUAACAGUAAACCACUGCAAAGGUAUUUCAAUUUUCUUUUUACCCCUAAACGAAGAAUAAAAAAGAACUUCGCUGUGAGUAUAUUGGGACCUUUACAUGACUCAAACAGAAGGGACUUUCUCAUAUUUGACAAACUUUGCUCACAAAUGAAUAUAUCUGUCUGAGUUUGUGUUGAUGUUUGAACAGACCGUGGUUUCCGGAGGUUCCUCCAGCACAAACACCAGCACUUAAUGUGAGCAGUGAAAGUGUGGCGCCAGUUCAGCCCAGUAACAUUGACAACAACAGUUACCAAGGCAACAGCCAAGAUGCUGGUGGCUACCAUGGCAAUGGUUACCCUGGAAAUGGCUACAAUGUUAAUGGUAACAAUGGGACUGGUUAUCCAGGGAACCAUUACUCCAGCAACGGCUACAGCAGCAAUGGAUACAAUGGUAAUGGUUACCAUACUAAUGGAUACAAUGCUAACGGAUACAACGGCAACGGUUUCUCUGCACGGCGACGUAUGCUUCCCCCGACUCCCUUAGGUCGAAAGCCAAACUUCAACAUCCAGUGUUUGAGAAGGCAGACCAGUAAUGAAGAUCUGCCCAUUCCAGGCACUUACCAUCAAAACUCCCCACCCUGCAGGGCACAAGCACAGACAAACAACAGCUACGACUCACGGCGGAGCAGCAUUUCAUCUGGAGUUUCUUCGGCCUCUUGGGCAAACAACCAGGCCAGACGGGGCCGUCUCCUCUACGCCCCCCUCAUUCUGGUGAACGAGGUGGGGGGCACUCAGGCAAUGUGGGGCGACACCAAUGGCAGCGCCAGUCUGCCGGCAUCGGCCCGUCCCGGAUGGAUUGGCAGUGGAAUGGCAAGCGUGGCCCAGCAGCCUCGAGCGUACACCACUCUCAGAGUGCCGUCCCAACACAGCCAAUACAUAGAGAAGGGAAGCGCUGACAGCCUCGUGGAGUCGGUAAAUACGCUUUUUGAAUGGUGUAUAAAAUUACCAUUUUGCCUGAAAAUAAGUAAUAAGGAUAGUUGUUAUUUGUGCAAGUACAGUGGCUAUAAAAACUAUUCAAGCUGA